UUGAGCCUUUCACCCUGAGCUCAGAGCGAAUCUGAAGUGGACAGAAUGAUUGCCACUGCACUACUUUGGCUGGCCCUCAUCUCCCACAUCAUCAUCACCAUUGGAGGUAAUGUGCUGGUGUGUCUGGCCGUUGGGCUGAGCCGGAGACUGUGGCGUAUCAGUAACUGCUUCGUGGUGUCUUUAGCCAUCACGGACCUCCUCCUGGGCCUGCUGGUGCUGCCCAUGUCUGCCAGUGUGGAGCUGCGCAGGGGGCAGUGGUCUCUAGGGGGCGUUCUUUGUAAUCUAUACAUCUCUGUGGACGUCAUGUUGUGUACAUCCUCCAUUCUAACUCUUAUGGCCAUCAGUGUGGAUCGGUAUCUGGCUAUCACCGCUCCUCUCAGCUACUCCCGCAAAGUGACCACAGUCAGAGUCAUAGUGGCCACUGUGGCUAUAUGGACCUGUUCACUGGCUGUGGCCUUCCUCCCUAUUCACAUGGGAUGGAACACAGCAGACUACAGCGUGCAGCACUUGGACUGGGUCAUAGGAGAUGAGGACCGACACUGCCUGUACGAGUGGAAUAACAGCUAUGUGAUUGGGUAUGCCUGUGGAACAUUUUAUCUGCCCCUGCUGCUCAUGACUGGGAUGUACCUAUGUAUAUUCAGAGUGGCUCGAGAACAGGCACGUCGUAUUCGAGCAGCUACUCCAUCAUUUGCGCGCACUGCCUCCACUGCAGCCAUAUCCAGAGAGCACAAGGCCACAGUGACUCUGGCUGCUGUUCUUGGAGCCUUUGUCAUCUGCUGGUUUCCAUACUUCACUUAUUUCACCUUCAUGGGCAUGAAAGGCAGAGCCAUCCUUCCUAACACAUACCACUCUAUAGUACUGUGGUUAGGAUACUUCAACUCAGCACUGAAUCCCAUCCUGUAUCCAGCUUUUAACAAGGACUUCCACAGUGCAUACAGGGAACUGCUUCACUGUCGGAGGCCAUCUCGAAAGAAGGUACACCUUUCAAAUAUGCCUGUGCAUAAAUGCUUAACAAACGGCUCUGGUGCUUCACAACAUUUAAACAAUGAAGAGCAAACCAAUAAAGAGAGUACAGAGCCAUAUGAGGCAAACGGUGCCUGUGUCUAAGAAAUGCCAUGGACCAGCUGUUCAACUCUGGACUUUGUACUCUUUAGCUGCUUUACUCUUUUAAGAAGACGUAUGCACUCAGUUUCAGGGGCUCAUUUUGUUUAAAUGCAAGUGUUCACAUGGU